AUGAGCGACUGGGUUGGGAUAGAGGACGAGCAAGAAAUCAAUGUGACAAUCCCAAAGAAGUCCAAAUGGGACGACGAGGAUGUUGAAGACGAUGUCAAGGACGACUGGGAGGAAUCCGAUGAAGAAGAAAAGCCCAAAAAGGAACUUCCACCCGUUCGCAAGAAAGUGCCACUCGCACAAAAGAUUGCUGAAAAGAAGGCAGCCGAGGAAGAAAAGAAGAAAGCACUCGAAGCCAAAAAGGCAGCCAUUCGUGCAAAUGAUGAUUCUGAGACUGAAGAGGAUGCUUUUGAGAGGAAACAACGCAUGCGUCAAUUGGAGUUGGAGGCUGAUUUGAACAGUGCUACUGAUCUUUUCUCUGGUGUCUCUGUUUCAAAGGAUGACAAGGAAAAGCCUAUUGAGGAAGUCAAGCCAAAGACUCGCGUUGAAUUCGAAGCUUACGCUAAGCGUUUGGGUGCUAUGAUUGUUGCCAACUCUAAAAGCGUGAAUUAUGGUGCCUUUUUGGAUACUUUGGUGCGUGAGAUUGCUGCUCCAUGCAAGGAUAUGGAUAUUCGCAAGGCUGCAUCAUCGCUUACUGCCAUGGCCAAUGAUAAGCAACGUCAAGCCAAGGAAGCUACCAAGGCCAAGAAGAAGGGCAAACCCCAACUCGCUGCUGCUGGCAAGAGUGCUGCUUUGGAUGAUUCCACUUCAUACCGUGAUGUCUAUGAUGACUUUGAUGACUUUAUGUAA